UGUCAUUGUCAUUGGUUUAUUUACAUAAAUAACUUUGACAAAUUACACAUUUACGUUGCCCAGUGGAAAUGUAAUACAUAUUGAUUCAGAUUUGAAGUCAGUUUAAACCAACUUAGCCCAAUCGGUCUGCCAUAAAAUGGAGCCCGCUUCAUCAAAAUCAACAACGGAGUCGGACUUCUUCUAUGGCUGGGAUCUAUUGUACAAAACAGUCUCGGCUGGCUUAAACAAAAAGGCCGAUGCGCUGAUUGUGCUGGCUCAUUUUCUGUUAACAAAGCACUACAAGUUCCGUUGUGUGGGCAUUGGUGAUGAUAAAACCUUGCCGGAGGAUGAGCAGGGCAGCGAACUGAUGCCAGACAAUUGGAAUGGCGAUUGCAGCAAGUACUCGCUGCGUUAUGUGCACGACAAGAAGCUCUAUCUGCUGCUGGGACACAUAACCGAAGAUGCUUUGAUUCUCAAUCUGUUGGAUAUAAAUACAAAGAAUGUGUCCAACAUUUGUAUUACACCGGAAACUUUGGUAGCCGAGAUACAAGGCGGCAUUACAAAAACAAUGCCGACAGCAACAGAUAUUGUUGAUCGCUUUCGCAAGGAGUUAUGCGAUCCGGUCUUUACUGGCAAUUCACGCGAGGCCACAACACAGACGCUGACCAGCCAGUCACCAGUCGCUCAACCGCAGUCUGCAGAUCCUUUACGCAUUGGCGAGCCAAGACGUCCUGGUUCAUUUAUGCCGCAUGGCUUUGAGCCACGUCCAUUUGGCUUUCCUGACAUAGGCCGCGGCGAUUUGGACCCCUUGGGACGCGGAUCGGGCAAUCUGUUCCCAUUUCCUAGAAAUCCGAACUUGGCGCGCUUUGAUCCCUUUAAUCCCAUUGGACCAAAUCCACAUGGACCCGGACAUAUGGGACCCAAUCCAGAUCAUAUGCGCCCACCGGACUGGAAUCCGGAUUACUACAUGUAAACGCAAAGAUAGAGACUGCUGACAAAUCAAUAGUUGCAAGCACCUUGAGUUAUAACUUUUGCUUACAUUUAAACUGAAAUAUAUAUUCUGCUCUCGAUCAAGUAAAUGAAA